AAUCACAAGGCUAUAAAUCAACAAUAAAUAAACACCACUGCCAUGGUGAUCUUCGCAUAAAGCUCUCAACAAAAAUGGACGAGAUCACCUACAUCUGCAAGCGAACAGUUGUGAGCACAAAGCCAGUUGAAGCAGGAAAGAACUUUCCCUUAUCAGUUUUGGAUCGUCACAUGGAGAAAAACCACAUCAGAAUGGUGUACUAUUACCCCAGUUCUCCACCUGAUCAAGCAGAUAUCGGAGAGGUCACCAAGAACUUGAGAACCUCUCUGGCAGAAACCCUUACCUUCUUCCCCAUAAUGACUGGACGCUUGAUCAAAGACGAAAAAGGCCACUGGAAGGUUAAGUGCAACGAUGCUGGUGUCAGAAUGGUGGAGGCAAGAGCCAAAGGAAGUGUUCACCACUGGUUGAAACAUGUCAACAGAGAAAAAGAACUCCAACUCGUCCAUUGGGAACACAUGUUCCAUAAACCUUAUUUUUGGUCCACUUUUUACGCUCAGAUAACUGAGUUUGAAGAAGGUGGCUUUGCAAUAGGGCUGAGCUUCACUCAUCUCUUGGCAGAUACAACUUGUGGGACGAGGUUCAUGAAUGCUUGGGCUGAUAUUUCAUCGCUACGCAAAAUGGUUGCUCCUCCUUUAGUUCACCCACUUCCUCCACGCAGACUUGGGAACAAAAGCCCUAACCACCGACCAUACACUGACUUGAUCAAUCACUACCAAUCCUCUAUUCUGAAACCCAAUAUUAUUAGUGUCACAGAAGCAAAAUACACUACCAUCAGUUUUGGGUUCUCAGACGAAAUGGUUCGAACCUGCAUGAGCAUGGUUCGAGCUCCCGGUGGACCAAUUCUCUCACCUUUUGAAGCCUUAGCUGGGCUUUUCUGGGUUUGCUUGAGCAAGAUUAAAGGAAUGGAUGAUACUGGGCUAGUGGAUAUGUCUAUAUGCUUGGAUGUGAGGAAGGCGUUGGGCUUGGACAGUGGCUUCUUCGGGAACUGCACGCUUUAUAAUAAGGUGCGUGCAGGGGAUUUAGGAAAAAAUAAUAAGUUGGCACAAGCAGCAAGUGCCAUCAGAGAAGCAGUGUCAAAGAUGGACAGUGAAGGAAUAAUGGAUUUGAUUGAGUGGCUUGAAGAUAAUGAUAUGAAUUGUCCAACGAUGAUGAACGGCCAUGAUGUGAUUUGUGCUAACAUAGAGGAAGUGAACCCCUAUUUAGCAAGGUUUGAAGGUGAGUUUGAACCUAUUCGUGUGAGUUAUUAUGCAGAGCCAGUUUUAGGAGAAGCGCAAGUGUUGAUUAUGCCAGCGCCACCUGGGGAGGGUCCGCUAAGCCGCGUGGCCAUGUUGACCCUUCGAGGGGACGAAGCAGUUAAACUUUGUGAAGAUGAUCUCAUCUCACACUUAUCUCCAACUACUUCCAUGAAAAGCUAAUGAGCUUUUGGUGGUUUUGUUGGAAAAGAAGCAUCAUCAAAUUAAGUGAAUUAAUAUUAAAAUAGGUUUAGCGUCAUAUCAUACCUGAACUUCGUGGAUGAACCUUUGUUAUCAUGUUGAAGAAAAAUAGGUCAGAUUUUGCGUCAGCCGGGAGUCGAACCCGGAUCUAUUGCUUGGAAGGCAAUUAUCCUGACCGUUGGACUACUGACGCAAGUUGUUAGUCGUGGGCAAGAAUGAAUACAGAAAUUGACAACAGCCACAGUUAAAAUCGGUAGCAGCGCGA